CGUUCAGAGUUGAAACCUCCUGGUGUGCGACGUACACCUGGAAGUCCGCGCGAAGGCCUUCCGGAAAUACCUCUCCACCGUGGGAAUAUGCACUCCUUUCAUCCGGCCCGGACAAAGCAUCUUCCAUCCAUGACACUUGCCAGCACUACACCAUGCUCCCCCGACUGCUCCUAUGUUUCCUCCUCCUCCUCCUCAGCUCGACCGUUUCCUGCUCCGAUGUUCUUGACCCAUGUGCACCUCUUCGCGAAGCCGAGGGCUUGCUCAAAGAGCUCGCGCCGGGUGCGUACGCCCACCUCGAUCGCAAGUUGGGUGUAUCGUUGACGACCCCUGGACCUGGUCCAAUCUCAACGGCAUUGAGGAUCUUCCCACGACUGCUUGACCCGAUAGUCUCCCGUGUGCCAUCAUCCUCACGUACGAGGAAAGCGUUGAGGGUCACCAAGAGCCGUAGAGGGAAGAUUGAGCUCAUGUCGAGGUUACUUGACGAAGCGGAAGAAUCGGGAUGCGAGAGGGUUUGGGCGGUCAGGGGGAAAUUGAGCAUGUUUCCGCCGAGAGACAUCCCGCAAGACCUCCCCAAUUCGUUCAAAGCGUACAGCAGGUCCCUCGGAACAUCAUCCGAUCCCGAGGCACAAUUCAUGCUGGGCGUAUUCUACGCCACGGGGAUCGGCAACGUGACUGAAGACCAGGGCAAGGCCUUGCUGUACUACACGUUUUCCGCGCUGCAGGGAUACAAACCCGCACAGAUGGCUCUGGGAUACAAGUACUGGGCAGGAAUCGGAGUCAAAGAGGACUGUCAGGUGGCCCUGGACUACUACUCGGAUGCGGCGGAAAAGGCCUACGCCUCCUUCCUCGGACCGCCUGGAGGUCGAGCGCUCCCCCUUGUCACGACACGCCUGUCCGAUCGCGCCGGUGGGAUCUAUGGCCUCCAAGCCUCCUGGGCGUCUAGCAACGGCAACGCGCUCCGCGCGGCGGUCAAAGCCUCCCUCGCUACCGCCCGAGGAGAGACCGAGGAAGAGAUUCUGGAAUACUACCAGUAUCAUUCCGAUCGCGACUCCCACAAGUACACUGUCAGUCUCGGCAAAUUAUUCUACCUCGGCAGCGUGUACCCGUCUCGCGGUGGCAUUGGUUCCGGGGCUGAACGCGUCGGCGAGAUCCCACAGAGCUUCGUGAAAGCCAGAGAAUACUUUGUCAAAGUCGCUCGAACGCUUUGGCCAGUGGACGAGGUCAACGGACAGAUCGCACCGAAACGCAAGCUGAGCAAAGAACACGAAGACGCCAUCAGGGAGUGGGCGAUGAUUGCCGCGAGUUUUCUCGGUCGGAUGCACCUCCGUGGCGAAGGAUCGAAAAUGGACUAUCGCAAGGCCAAAAUGUGGUACGAGCGAGCCGCCGAGUUUGGCGACAAGGAAGCGCACAACGGAUUGGGGAUCAUGCACCGUGACGGGCUGGGUGUCAAGGUGGACAAGACAAAGGCAUUCCAUUACUUCUCGGCCGCCGCGGCGCAAGACCUCGCCGAGGCCCAGGUCAAUCUCGGUAAAUUGCAUCUGGAAAAAGGAGAGCUACCGGCAGCCGUCCCAUUGUUAGAGGUCGCCCUGCGCAACGGGUCCCCGUUCGAGGCCUUUCACCUCCUCGCCCGAGUCCAUGCCAGCUCCAGUCGAACGGGGGGUCGACCGGGCAUGUGUGGCGUGGCCGUGGGCUGGUUCAAAGUCGUCGCUGAGCGAGGGAGCUGGGAAGAUGAUUACGUCGCUGAGGCGGAUCGUGCAUGGGCACGAGGUGAAGUGGACAACGCCAUGGUGGGAUGGAUGAUUGGAUCAGAAAUGGGCAGUGAGGUGGCGCAGAACAAUGUCGCGUUCAUCGGGCAGGACAGAGGGGUCGAUGUGCUGAGAUGGUGGAUCCGGAGUGCGGCGCAGGAUAAUGUCGACUCGAUGGUCAAAGUCGGGGAUAUUUAUUACGCCGGAGGCGACCUGCCGCCGCACCCCGACUAUGACCACAUGGAACUCGCUGCGAAUUAUUAUCAAACCGCGGCGGAUACGCAAACCUCUGCGAUGGCGUAUUGGAAUCUUGGCUGGAUGUAUGAACAGGGGAUGGGGGUGCCGAGGGAUUGGCACUUGGCAAAGAGAUAUUAUGAUAUGAGCGGGGAGACAAGUCGGGAAGCUUGGCCGGCGGUCGUCUUGUCGUUAGCGGGGUUGUAUGUGAGGAGCUGGUGGACCGAAUUCCAAACCCGAGGCGAGAUCCCCGGCCUUCGCUUCUUUGAACCAGACGAAUCCUCUCGACAACCCCGAGUUGGUCUAUUCGCCAGACUCAAAGAAAUCAUCGCGACGACGUGGAUUCCGCCGUACUUGGACGAGUAUGACGAUGGGGAGCUGUAUGAAGAUGUAUCAGGAUCAGGAUGGACGACGACCACUGCGGGCGAUGCAGGUGGCGGGGUCAUGGACGAGGGAGAUGAAGAUCUCAUGGAGACCGUGGUGAUCCUCGGCGUGGCGUUGGUCAUCAUGGGCUUGGUGUGGUUGAGAGGAUUAUGGAUACGGUGGGAGGCGGAUAGAGUUAGGCGGGAGGAGGAGAGGCGGCGACGAGAGCAGCAGGGUGCGAAUUGAGUUGUAAUUGCACGGAUGACAUUCUCCGUGACCAUUGUCGCGACGAUGCAUGAGGACCAUACAUGCAUGAGCCACAGAUAUGCUU